CCCAAUCAGAGACUUGCUUGCUUCACUUAACUGUUGAUGUUGGGGCAGGGCGUCUGCUACUGCUGCUGAGAAGGGUGUUUGUGCAGUGUCUUUUCUGAAGAAAUCCGAAUUUCUCCCUAGCCUGCGCACUGAAAGAACUUCAUGGCGGGGAAAUCUAAGUCUGGAACCAGUAAGAAAAGAGGGGCGGAUCCACUGCUGACAGGACCUAUAAAGACCAUGAAACCCUCGGAAAGCAUGACGACCAUAGAAAUGCCGGCACUAGGGCGCCCAUUCUCCCUAGGGAUGCUGUACGACUGCCGGAAUGAGCAACUUAUCCCAGGUAUCACUUUAUGGAACAGUGAAGCCUUGAGAGAGAAUGUUGCUUUAGAAUCCAAAGAUCAAACAUCACUUGAAAUUAUAACAUCUGACACUGUUUCUGACAAAUCUUCUGCUAUGAAUAUUAAUGCAUCAUUGGCGGCCAGUUUCCUUUCUGGUCUGGUAAGCGUUUCUGGAUCAGCUACUUACAUGAAUGAUACUAAGAAGUCUAGAAACCAGGCCAGAGUCACUCUGAAAUACUCAAGAACCACAAGGUUUGAGCAGCUAACUAUGAACCAUUUAGGUACCCAGAACAUGGCUUACCCUGAUGUGUUUGAAAAAGGGACAGCCACUCAUGUAGUCACUGGUAUAUUAUAUGGUGCACAGGCUUUCUUUAUAUUUGAUCAAGAUGUGUCCACAUCAGAAAACACUCAGGGUAUACAAGGAACUCUCCAUAUCAUGAUAAAAAAAAUACCAUCAAUUUCAGUUGAUGGGAAAGGAUCUUUGAGCAUGAAUGACCAAGAUAAAGAACAAGUUUGCAAAUUUUCCUGUAAGUUUUAUGGUGACUUUGCUCUUGACAGGAACCCAGUAACAUAUGAAGAUGCCAUUGCAAUCUAUACCAGCCUCCCAAAGUUACUGGGAGAGAAAGGGGACAAGGCUGUACCAGUGAGAGUCUGGUUGUAUCCUUUAAAUAAACUAGACAGUAAAGCCGCCCAGUUAGUUAGAGAUAUCAGUAACAAUUUUGUCUUAAAAACUGAAAGCGUUGUCCAGCAAAUGGUGGAAGUAAACAUGCAAUGUAAUGAGCUGAUGAGACAUCCGGCUGCAGAAACCUUCCCAGAUAGCAAGAAGAAAAUAAGUCAGUUUAGGUAUUUAUGUAUACAAUUUACUCAUAACUUCCAAAAACAACUGGCACAAAUAUUACCCUCAAUCCGUGGUGGUGGAUCAGAGGACGUGGCACUAAUGGACAUAUUAACUACAGCAGAACAAUCUCCAUUAGGAGAAGUCCAUAUUAAAGAGUUUUUAAGCCAUGUAGAACAGGAGCUGAAUGUUUUGAAAACCUAUAUGGACGCAAUGCCAGAUAUCAUAGUUAAAUCAACAGAAACCACCAUAAAUGAAGUGAUACUUAAUCCAAAUAUUUUGUAUGUAGUGUGUUACAAUUUUUCUUCCCUUAAUGAAGAGGAUCCAUAUCUAACUGAUAUAAGUCAAUGGCUCUUAAGUCAUAAACAUGAAUCAAAAAACAAUGUGUAUGAGAAAAAGAAAGUCACACCUUGGUUCAAGGUCACAGAUGUGUCCAAAAAGUUAAGAACAUGUUUGAAAGCCUUUAAAAAAUUUGCCAAAGUCAAUGCAUCUAGGGAUGAGAUUAAAUGUAUUAUUUCAUCAGUUCCAGACCAAAGCAACCCUGGAGUCUCCAUAUACCUGUAUGGUAGUGGUGAGUUAGUGAGUGCUCAGUUUGAACCUCCAGCUCAACCUCACCUCCCUGUUAUCAGAAGUAAGACACAUGAUAGUAUGGAACUCACUCUCAUGCCUGCAAAUUUUGGAAAGAAGUUUAUAAAAAGUUACAAAAUAGAAUAUAGAUGUGCUAAUGAUAAGAUCUGGACCCCUGUGAUUACAAAUGACAGUAAUGAGGAGGUGACUAUAAGAGGACUAAAACCUAACUCAGUGUACCAAAUCAGAUACUCUGCGGUGUGUAUUGCAGGACUUAGUGAGGUUAAUGAUGCUCUAGAAGAUGAGAAAACCCAUCCAACAAGCCCACCUGAAACAAUAAAAGUUACAGCUGAAUCCUCCACACUAAUUAUACAUUGGAAUAAACCUGCAGUAAUUGGUGAUGGAGUCACAAUAACAGAAUAUAUAGUGGAAUAUAAAAAGGAUGUUGACAACGGACAGCAGACUUGGCUUGAAAAAAAAACAGGAAAAAAGGAAGAGAAAUAUAUUAUUCAGGGACUUAAACCAAUGACAUCUUACAUAGUCCGUGUGUCAGCAGCCUGUGGGGAUGAUGGGCUCAGCACUCCAAGUCAUGAGAUUAAGGUUUCAACACAAAAAGAGUCAUCUAUCAUUAAAUAUGAGUUUCUUAAAAAAAGCAUUGUGCUGACAGAAGGAAAACCAUUAGUAUAUCAGCUAGCAACUGAUUGCUGUGAUUCUCAUUAUCGACAUUACAGUUUAGGAAACAUCAACAAUUUUAAAACAAAUAAAGUGAUUUUGUUAGUAGGAGCAACAGGUACAGGAAAGACAACACUGAUUAAUGGAAUGGCCAACUACAUCCUGGGAGUGGACUGGGAAAAUGACUUCAGAUUUAAACUUGUAUGUGAGGUUGCAAAACAGUGUCAAGCUCACAGCCAAACCGCUAUGGUCACAGCGUAUCAGAUGAAUCAUGAAGAUGGAUACAAAAUUCCCUUCACCCUCACCUUAAUAGACACACCAGGUUUUGGAGACACUCGUGGAAUAGAACAUGACAAAAAGAUCACUGAAGCCAUCUAUAAGUUCUUUACAACUGACAGCAAAAUUAACCAGAUUGAUGCCGUGUGCUUUGUAGUUCAGGCUUCUUUGGCUCGUUUAACAUUCACACAAAAAUACAUUUUUAAUUCAGUGUUUUCUAUCUUUGGAAAGGAUAUCAAGGACAAUAUCCUGAUUCUUAUAAACUUCUCAGAUGAAGAGAGACCCCCAGUACUGGAGGCUAUAAAAACUGCUGACAUCCCCUACUCUCAGGAAAGCAAUGGAGACCCGGUUCACUUCAAGUUUAAUAAUUCAGCUCUGUUUGCUAAUAAUCAGACAAGUAACAUGAGUUUUAAUCAGAUGUUCUGGGACAUGGGCACACACAGUAUGAAAACAUUCUUUACAUCAUUAAAUCAAAUGACAACUAAAAGUCUUAAACUGACUAAGGAAGUUCUUAAAGAAAGGAAGGAGCUUGAGGUCACCCUACAGGCUUUACACUCACAGAUCAAGGCUGGGCUUGUAAAACUGGAUGAAAUCAGGAAAAUAAAGGUAGCCUUACAGCAGAACAGAGAUCUAAUGGAAGCCAAUAAGAAUUUUGAGUCUGAGGUAACAGUAACUAUACCAGUAAAGGAAGCCAUAACUGGUAAUUUUAUAACUAUAAAAAAGAAUUAUGAAAAAGCUUCUGGAGAGGUCAUGACAGCAGAAAAUGUAUUUAAAGAGCUACAGAAUGAAUAUUGUGGUGUGAGACAAGCGGUGCUGAAUCUGAUAGAGAAAUCCUCACAGAGCCUGAAACGUCUCCGUGAAACUGCUUUAAGACCAAAUCCAAUGAAAACCACAGAAUACAUCGACCUGAUGAUACAGUCUGAGCAGCAGGAAGCUAAACCAGGAUAUCAGGAGAGUAUCAAGUCACUGAGUGAUGUCAGAGAGACAGCCGAGAUAAUAGAGAAGAUUGAGAGAGGUGAUCCAUUACUGCCAGAGGAAGAGGAACAUCACAAUAAAAGUAAACCGCAAGAGGUUGUCAAGUAUUGCAAGAACUUGUUCAAACCUUUAUUUAAAUAAAAUCAGAUCAAUGAGAGUCAUUAUUUCAGGAGCUACAUUUAUUGUGAUGGUCCCUAGGAAUAAAGAAAUGGUUAACGGGGGAAUAAAAUGUAUAAACAGAAUUCCUAAUAACACAGAGAUUGUAAACUUCUUUACUACUUUAAAUAUAAAUAUUCCAGUGUUUGUAAUUGUGUAAUGUAACCAAACAUUCUGCAUUUAAUGUAAUUAACAGGUCAGGGAAGUAAACUUAUUUUUAGGCUCCAUAAAAUGACACCUACAGCUCACCAAGCUACAAUAUUUAUGAAAAUGACGUAAAGUGGUUUUAGAGCCACUCAGUUUUACAUCAUUUAUCCCCUUAGGUCCAUUUGAAGCACAAUAACCUUCUCUAUGCGCAGACCGUUGCGCCUCUGUGCCCCUUGCUGUGGUUUGGUCCGUUCUGGAUGCAUUUUGCACCACGCAGGGUUCCAAAAGGGGAGUUAAUAUUUGUGUUGUAAAAGGAUUUCUUCACAAAGUAUAAUAUAAAAAUAUAAUAUAGUUUACCGCCUAUGUUUAUAGCGCUGCGGAAUCUGUUG